UGCAGUUUGGGUUUGGCUGGACAGGUUUACACUAUAGGCCCAGAUUACUCCAAACCAUGGGAUUGUGUGGGUGACUGUAGCCUACGUUCAAAACUGGUGCUUGCAGUACAGCCUGGAUUCAAGUUCCAGAAAUGCUUACCUGUUGCCAGCAGCUAUUCUUGUGAAAUAGACUGGGAAGCCAUUAACUAAUGGCUUAAAUGUGCUCCUGUUAGUGGUUAAUCAUGCCUGUGUUGUAUCGAAGCCACCUGGUUCUCGACUGGGAAAGGCCAGGGCAAGACAGUGCCAGUCUUCAGUGGCUUUCUGUCCUGCCUCCCCAUCCAGGGUACCCGUUUUCCCAGGCCUGUCUCUAGAAGCAUUGUGGAGUUUGGAUAGGGAUGCAUAAAAUCCAUUCUUAGAGGCAUGUAGGAGGAGGAAACUGGCCUGCUAGGGGUAAGAAAAUCUGUGCAGUAUAAAAGGGAAGGGUUCUGCUUGUCUUACGGUCAGCACAGGGAGAGGGAAGCACACGGCUGAAGGGUAGUGCAGGAGCCUGGGGCUGCAAGACUGAAUCUCUCCCUCUACCCCCCUGCUCACUUCUACACCCCUCCAAAAGCCACCAGGCCUGUGGGGAGCCUCAGGAGCCAGCACACUUUACAAGAGGAAAGGUUGAGGUUGGUGGGGAGGAGGUGUGGAGAAUGGCUGGAAUAUCUGGAAAACUGAAAGAAUCAUUCGGGAAGGUGGCGCCUUUCCUUCCUCUGUCUUUUCUUUCUGCUGCCUUACCUCUUCCCAGGGUGAUAGCUGUUCCUAGCCUGUCCCAUUUCUUCCCAGCCUCCACCUCUGGAAUCUCCCUAUUAUCAGAUCUAGAACCUGAAUGACACUUUCGAUUUGGGUGACUGUAGAAUGCAUUUUUUUUUCUUUAGGGGACAACGUGGACACACAUAUGACAGGUUCAUCUAGUUGUCUCAGAACAUUCUUACUAGCCCUCAAUUUCUUAUUGCUGGACCCUUCGGUCCCCAGCCAACUGAGGAGGCUGACCUCCCAAGUAGUUACUCUGGGCUUCUUCAAUGGUUUUUCUCACCCUUCAAGCAGAGGCCAAGAGAAAAAAAAAAGAAAGCCAGUCUCUAGGGUCAUGCUAGAAACACUGGAAUUGGUAAUGAAGUGACCUAGGGAGGAAGUAUGUUUAGAGUGCCUGGUCUCUGGGGAGACUGCUCCCAAAGGAAGAUGGAGCAGGCUGAGGGAUGGUAAGUGCAGCCCACUGUCUGCUCGCAACAGUUCUGGAUGGCCCUGGAGCUCUGAUCCAGAAGCUUCUGUCCACGAACACAGAAUUCUUCCUAGCCUGGCAUUCUGGAGCAGAGGUUCCUGAACUUCCUCUGUAGUAAGUUCUUCACCUUACACAGCUGGUGUGGUCAGAGAGCUCUUCCUCAACUCUGCCUUCAGUUCGCGUUGUGGUUUCAGCAUCUUUACAUCAUAUCCUCUGCUUGACAGUUACUGGGUCAGCGCUGAUCUGGCUUUCCUCAGUGUACAGCAAGUGAGGACACUGGAAAACAUAAGGGACCUUGAUGGCCACCAUUAAGCUUCUUCUCUUUCCUGGCAAGUGGCAAGUUAAAAGGCAAACAGGAAGGCUGUAAGGAUGUAGGAAGGAAGUGGUAUCAAUCCUUGCCUAGCACCUGCCGAGAAAGUCCAUCAGGGUUACUACGUGGUAAAGUGGGCAGGGGAAAGGGGAGAAAUUCAUAUUCUUCUCUCAAAAAGAAUGGAGAGUUGGCUAACUUAUAAUGGGAGGUUCUGGAGAUGGCUUUGUCCCUACAUCCUCACCAAGAUCAUGGUCUGACCUGAAGACAAGAAUAGGCUGCUUCCCCCUUUAUCCACUUUUUGCGCAUUCUCAUUGAUAACACCCCCCCAAGUGUGUGUUGAUUUACCGCUCUCUCAAACUCAUUUAACCUAGGGUGGCAUUGCCCCAAUAUGCUGUCUUUAUAUCAUAAUGUCACCUAACCCACAACAAUAAUAGACCAAUACAUAUGAUUCCCAUUAAUCUAAAAACUGUACUAUGUCCACAUUUUUAACACGAAGUACAAAGAUAUUAUUUUUUAAACCAGCAGUCUCAUUCUGAGCCCAUGUCCUUGCUUUCUUCGCCUGUGAUAUAAUCCCUAACUCUGUUCACCUCUCCAGUCUAGACCUGCAUUUUUUAGACCACACCCCAGCCAGCUCACUCCUGCCACCCCUCUGUUCUAGCUCACCAGCCUUUCCUGGGUACUUCUCAUUUAGCUCCACCCCAGGAGCCUUCCUCCCUCUGGGCUGCUCUGAAACACAGACUGUCCCUCCUUAACGGUGAAAGAGGGUGUGGGGUUUUUGUUCAGCCCUCACCCUCAGAGAUGCAUCUUCCCCCUCCUCUGCUCUGUGGCACUUCCUCUCUGGCUGAUUUAACUGGCAGAUUUAGAAGCAGGACCAAGACCUAGCACUAGGACAGAUUCAGGAAUUCUCUGUCUGACCACUUUGCCCUGACCCUAGACAGGGCACUGACUUCUGAUCAGCAUCUGGAAAACCUGUCCUUUUGAUGGCUCCAAACACUACAUCUUCUGCGGCAUCUUCCUCUCCCGGUAGCAUGUCUCUGUCUCUGCCUAUUGCCCUGCUGUCUGUGGCCUUGGCUGUGGGGCUUCCUGGCAAUAGCUUCGUGGUGUGGAGCAUCCUGAAGAGGAUGCAGAAACGCUCCGUCACCGCCCUGCUGGUGCUGAACUUAGCUCUGGCCGACCUGGCUGUGUUGCUCACUGCUCCCUUUUUUCUACACUUCCUGGCUCGAGGCACAUGGAAUUUUAGAGUGAUCGGUUGCCGCCUGUGCCACUAUGUUUGUGGAGUAAGCAUGUAUGCCAGCGUCCUACUUAUCACCAUCAUGAGUCUGGACCGCUCAUUGGCAGUGGCCAGGCCCUUUGUGUCCCAGAAGGUGCGCACUAAGACGAUUGCCAGAUGGGUGUUGGCAAGCAUCUGGGUGGUGUCUUUUCUGCUGGCUACACCAGUCAUUGUGUACCGUUCAGUAAAACGGCUCAACAGGACUCUGAUCUGCCAGCCGUAUUAUCCCAGCGACGGGCAUAUGGCUUUCCAUCUACUUUUUGAAACCAUCACUGGCUUCCUGCUGCCCUUUCUGGCAGUGGUGGCCAGCUACUCUGACAUCGGACGCAGGCUGCAGGCUCGGCGCUUCCGCCGCAGUCGCCGCACCGGCCGCCUGGUGGUCCUCAUCAUCCUGGCCUUCGCCGCCUUCUGGCUGCCUUACCACCUGGUGAACCUGGUGGAAGCCGGCCGCGCGCUGGCGGGUUGGGACAAGACCGACUCUGUGGGGAAGCAUCUGAAGAUGGCCCGCUACGUCCUCAUCGCGCUGGCCUUCCUGAGCAGCAGCGUGAACCCGGUGCUGUAUGCGUGCGCGGGCGGCGGCUUGCUCCGCUCAGCGGGCGUGGGCUUUGUAGUCAAGCUGCUGGAGGCCACUGGCUCCGAGGUGUACAGUACCCGCCGCGGGGGAUACCCUGUGCCAGUCCCAGAAGGCCACACCCGCCUGUCCUGAGCAAAGGUCCCACCGAAGCCUCCAUGACCUCCUCCACCCCCCUCCUGAGUGAGGUGAACUGUAGUAGGUUGGUCUGACCCACUUCUG